CAAUCCCUCCCUCUAUUCAUCUCUCUCAUCACACUCUUUUCUUUCUCUCAUAUUUCGCACCAAACUUCCCUAUCUAUCCCUGCCUCUAUAUCUUCACUUCCAUCAUUGCCCUUCACCUCAAUUCAGAUAAUGCCAACUCCAAGUGAAGCUCCAGCCAUUGUUGCAGAACACCCUAAUUCCCAUAGCUUUCCCUUCAUCAUGUCAUCUUAUCCCAUUACUCUUAAGUUUGUGGAUGUGAGCUAUAGGGUAAAAUUGGAAAAUAACGGGACGAGGGGUGGGAGUUUGAAGCGGAUGUUUUCUGCCGGGCCCACCUCUUCUGAUCUUGAGAAUUCAAUGGCCCAGAUUCAGGAGCGGACGAUUUUGAGCAGGAUUACCGGGAUGGUUUCUCCGGGGGAGAUCCUAGCCAUUCUUGGGCCGUCCGGGAGCGGGAAAUCGACGCUCCUAAAUGCGCUUGCAGGGAGGAUAAAUGGACACGGAUUCACCGGACAAAUCCUCGCUAACAACAAGAAAUUCAGCAGACCGGUCCUGAAACGAACCGGGUUCGUCACCCAGGACGAUAUCCUCUACCCGCACUUGACGGUUCGGGAGACGCUGGUCUUCUGCGCGCGGCUGAGGCUCCCCGGUUCGCUCACCCGGGGAGAGAAAACCGCGGUGGCCGACGCCGUGAUCGCCGAGCUGGGGCUGAUGAAAUGCGAGAACACCAUCAUCGGAAACAGCUUCAUCCGGGGCGUCUCCGGCGGGGAGCGGAAGCGGGUGAGCAUAGCGCACGAGAUGCUAAUAAACCCGAGUCUGCUAAUCCUGGACGAGCCGACAUCCGGUCUGGACUCGACCGCCGCGCACCGGCUCGUCUCCACCUUGGGCUCGCUGGCUCAGAAGGGCAAAACCGUGGUCACGUCGGUUCACCAACCGUCGAGCCGGGUUUUCCAGAUGUUCAGCUCGGUUCUGGUUUUGUCCGAAGGAAGGUGCUUGUAUUUCGGUAAAGCCAACGAAGCAAUGUCGUAUUUCGAGUCGGUUGGAUUCUCUCCUUCGUUUCCCAUGAACCCGGCCGAUUUCCUCCUCGACCUCGCUAAUGGAGUUUGCCAGGUUGAUGGUGUGAGUGAAAGGGAGAGGCCAAACGUGAAACAAACCUUAAUCUCCUCGUACAACACAUUGUUAGCUCCAAAGGUAAAAGAAGCAUUAUGUUUGGAGACAACAACACCCAAAGAAGCAAUUUUGAGCAAUGGAGCCACCCAUAAUAUUCCUCCAUGCAACAACAACAAUGGCUUCUCUAGUUUCUUGAACCAGCUCACCAUUCUCCUCCAAAGAGGCCUAAAAGAACGCCGGCACGAGACGUUCAACUCCCUCCGGGUCUUCCAAGUGGUGGCGGCCGCCCUCCUGGCGGGCGCAAUGUGGUGGCAUUCCGAUUACCUAGAUGUCCAGGACCGCCUGGGCCUCCUCUUCUUCAUCUCCAUCUUCUGGGGCGUCUUCCCGUCCUUCAACGCCGUCUUCGCCUUCCCAACGGACCGGGCCGUCUUCCUCAAGGAGAGGGCCUCGGGCAUGUACAAUCUCCCCUCCUAUUUCCUGGCCCGCGUGGCCGGGGACCUCCCCAUGGAGCUCAUCCUCCCCACAUUGUUCCUCACAAUAUUAUACUGGAUGUCCGGCCUAAAACCGGACAUCCUCGCCUUCGUGCUCACCUUGCUGGUCGUGCUGGGCUAUGUCGUCGUGUCCCAGGGCCUCGGCCUGGCCCUCGGGGCCAUAAUCAUGGACGCUAAACAGGCCUCCACCGUGGUCACCGUCACCAUGCUCGCCUUCGUCCUAACGGGCGGGUUCUACGUCCACAAAGUCCCGUCUUGCCUGGCUUGGAUCAAGUACAUCUCCACCACGUUCUAUAGUUACAAACUUCUUGUCUUUGUCCAAUAUGGGGAUGGCAAUGGGGUCUCCUCUUUGCUCAAAUGCUCAUCAUCAGGCCAUGGAAGCAACAGGGAUGGCUGCAAAUUUGUUGAGCAAGAUAUUCAGGGCCAGAUUCAUCCUGCCACAAGUGUGGUUAUCUUGCUCAUAAUGUUCUUUGGGUAUAGGUUGAUUGCUUAUUUGGCUUUGAGGCGGUUUAAUAAAGCCUAAAAGGCUAUGGUUAAAUGUUGAUGAUGGUGAUGAUCAUAUGGUAGAUAGUAGAUGUUUAUGACUGGAUCUAGCUUGCUUGCAGAUCCCUGGCUGACUACUGAGAAAAAAAUUUGGGUCACUGAUUUACGUGGCUGAGCUGGCUAAUUUGUGUAAUUGUAUUAUAAAUUAUAAUGAAAGAGUAAUUCCUUAA